UCCGUGCCCUUGGCGCUCCGUGUCCUGCGGGGCUCGGCUGCGUUCGGGGAACAUGGCGGCGGCGGCGAGAGGCUGGUGGCGCGGCCUGGCGGGGGCCGUGGCGCUGAGCCGGGUGGCCCGGCGACCCUCGGCGCUGCUGCUGCCGGUGCGGAAGGAGAGCGCCGCGGCCGACUCGCGCCCCACCGUCAGACCACGGGAUGAUGUCACCAACAAGCAGCUCUCAGCUUUUGGAGAGUACGUGGCCGAAAUCCUGCCCAAGUAUGUCCAGCAUGUUCAGGUGUCCUGCUAUGGGGAGUUAGACAUCUGCAUCCAUCCCGACGGCGUCAUCCCAGUGCUGACAUUCCUCAGGGACCACACCAACGCACAGUUCAAAUCCUUGGCUGACCUGACAGCAGUUGACGUCCCCACCCGGCAGAACCGUUUCGAGAUUGUUUAUAACCUCCUCUCUCUGCGCUUCAACUCCCGGAUCCGGGUGAAGACCUACGCGGAUGAGCUGACUCCCAUCGACUCCUCUGUGCCUGUGUUCAAGGCAGCCAACUGGUAUGAGCGGGAGAUCUGGGAUAUGUUUGGUGUCUUCUUCGCUAACCAUCCUGACCUAAGGAGGAUCCUGACGGAUUACGGCUUUGAGGGCCAUCCUUUCAGGAAAGACUUCCCUUUGUCUGGCUAUGUGGAGCUGCGCUAUGACGAUGAAGUGAAGCGCGUGGUGGCCGAGCCCGUGGAGCUGGCGCAGGAGUUCCGCAAGUUUGACCUGAACAGCCCCUGGGAGGCUUUCCCGGCCUAUCGCCAGCCCCCCGACAGCCCCAAGCUGGAAGCUGGAGACAAGAAACCCGAAGCCAAGUAGCUCCAGGGAAGCACGUGGUCCUGGAACACGCCUUUUCUAUCCUGGAGUGUCCGUGUAUAUAAAUUUGGAUGCGACCCAG